UCCAGUGUCUGUCUCCAGGAUUUCUCUCUUCCUAUUUCAGGAGGACUCUCACAGGCUCUCUCAGCCUGUGUGAAGCUGAGGUUUCCCCUGGAUCCCGUAUAUCCCCAACACAUACCUCCACGCACACCCAUCCCCAAGAACCCAGCGCUCACACCGACACACACACGCGCGCACACUCACUCGCGCUCGCCAGUCCAUCUCCCUCCCGGGAGAGCCGGCGCGCGUUCCCACCUUCGCGGCACACUCCGGCUAGCCGAGCUCGCAGCGCUCUAGGAUUGUGCGGUUCGGAACUCGCAUCGCAGCUUUGAACCCCCAUGGUGGCUUUUUAAACAUUUCUUUUUCUCCUCUCUCUCGGUUUUAUUGCACCGUUUUCGAUCUGAGGGGCUAGAGGAGCAAGGCGGCUGCUUUCCCAGCCAGCCCUGGUUGGCUUGCCAUCCUCCAUCUGGCUUAUAAAAGUUUGCUGAGCGCAGUCCAGAGGGCUGCGCUGCUCAUCCCCUCGGCUGGCGGAAGGGGGUGACGCUGGGCAGCGGCGAGGAGCGCGCCGCUGGCUCUGGCGGGCUUUCGGCUCGAGGGGCAAGGUGAAGAGCGCACGGGCCCUGGGGUUUACCGAGCUGGAUUUGCAUGUUGCACCAUGCCUUGCUGGAUCGGGGCUGUGAUUCUUCCCCUCUCCGGGCUGCUGCUGUCCCUCCCGGCCCGGGCGGAUGUGAAGGCUCGGAGCUGCGGCGAGGUCCGCCAGGCGUACGGUGCCAAGGGAUUCAGCCUGGCGGACAUCCCCUACCAGGAGAUCGCAGGGGAACACUUGAGAAUCUGUCCUCAAGAAUAUACGUGCUGCACCACAGAAAUGGAAGACAAGUUGAGCCAGCAAAGCAAACUCGAGUUUGAAAACCUUGUGGAGGAGACAAGUCAUUUUGUGCGCACCACUUUCGUGUCCAGGCACAAGAAAUUUGACGAAUUUUUCCGAGAACUCCUGGAGAAUGCAGAAAAGUCACUAAACGAUAUGUUUGUACGGACCUAUGGAAUGCUAUACAUGCAGAAUUCGGAAGUGUUCCAGGACCUCUUCACAGAGCUGAAGAGAUACUACACUGGGGGCAAUGUGAAUCUGGAGGAGAUGCUCAAUGACUUCUGGGCUCGGCUCCUGGAACGGAUGUUUCAGCUGAUAAACCCACAGUAUCAUUUCAGCGAGGACUACCUGGAAUGUGUGAGCAAAUACACAGACCAGCUGAAGCCAUUUGGAGAUGUACCCCGGAAACUGAAAAUUCAGGUCACCCGGGCCUUCAUUGCUGCUCGAACAUUUGUCCAGGGGCUGACUGUGGGCAGAGAAGUUGCAAACCGAGUUUCCAAGGUCAGCCCAACCCCAGGCUGCAUCCGUGCUCUAAUGAAGAUGCUAUACUGUCCAUACUGUCGAGGACUUCCCACUGUGAGACCUUGCAACAACUACUGCCUCAACGUCAUGAAGGGCUGCCUCGCCAAUCAGGCUGAUCUGGACACGGAGUGGAAUCUGUUUAUAGAUGCAAUGCUCUUGGUGGCAGAGCGACUGGAAGGACCAUUCAACAUUGAGUCAGUCAUGGACCCUAUAGAUGUCAAGAUCUCUGAAGCCAUUAUGAACAUGCAAGAAAACAGCAUGCAGGUGUCUGCAAAGGUCUUUCAGGGAUGUGGCCAACCCAAGCCUGCGCCAGCCCUCAGAUCUGCCCGCUCAGCUCCUGAAAAUUUUAAUACUCGGUUCAGGCCUUACAAUCCUGAGGAAAGACCAACUACUGCUGCAGGCACAAGCUUGGACCGGCUGGUCACAGACAUAAAAGAGAAGCUGAAGCUCUCGAAAAAGGUCUGGUCGACGUUACCCUAUACCAUCUGCAAGGAUGAGAGCGUGACAGCGGGCACGUCCAAUGACGAGGAAUGCUGGAAUGGGCACAGCAAAGCCAGAUACCUGCCUGAGAUCAUGAAUGAUGGGCUGACCAACCAGAUCAACAAUCCUGAGGUGGAUGUGGAUAUCACGCGGCCCGACACGUUCAUCAGGCAGCAGAUCAUGGCUCUCCGUGUGAUGACCAACAAACUAAAGAAUGCGUACAAUGGCAAUGACGUCAACUUCCAGGACACGAGUGAUGAAUCCAGCGGCUCAGGGAGUGGCAGUGGGUGCAUGGAUGAUGUGUGUCCCACAGAGUUCGAGUUUGUCACCACAGAGGCCCCUGCAGUUGAUCCCGACAGGAGAGAAGUAGACUCUUCUGCAGCCCAGCUCGGCCACUCCCUGCUCUCAGGGUCUCUCGUCUGCAUCGUCCUGGCACUACAGAGACUGUGCAGAUAAUCCUGGGUUUUUGGUCAGAUGAAACUGCAUUUUAGCUAUCUGAAUGGCCAACUCACUUCUUUCCCUGCACUCUUGGACAAUGGACCAUGCCACAAAAACUGACCGUUUUCUAUGAGAAGAGAGCAGUACUGCACUCUGCCUCCUUUUUGUUUUCCCAAAGAGUACCGGGUGCCAGACAGGACUGCUUCCUCUUUCUUUCAGCUAUCUGUGGGGACCUUGUUUAUUCCAGAGAAUUCUUACUCAAAUCUUUCGUACCAGGAGAUUUUCUUACCUUCAUUUGCUUUUAUGCUGCAGAAGUAAAGGAAUCUCACGUUGUGAGUUUUUUUUUUCCCCAUUUUAAAAAAAAAGGUAGAAAGAAAAUAAUUUUCCUUGUAAGGUCAAUCCAAACCCCAAGACAAUUGCAUUUCAACAAAAGAGCAAACGAGAGAAAAAUAAGAGUUUUAACGCCAUAAGUUCAACAUUGCCGGCCAACUCCCAGUGUAAGCUUUUCUGUGACAAAUCAAGUUUACAAAAUGCUUACAGGGAGAAAGUUCGAAGUUGUUUUAAUGUAGUGAAAAUAUACUGUUGUCUUGAAGGUAUUGUCUUCACUCUAACUACACAAAACCAAACUGAUUUGGAGGUACUGAUAUUAAAUUUCUAAUUCCAUCUUUAAUACGAGAGCAAAAAUUACUAUGACUCAGCACCUCUCUCUCACCCUGCCCAAUUUCAAUUUUAGUACUGGCACCAUUUCUCUUAAUUCUCUUAGUGUCUAUCCACUGCAUCCAAUUGGCACAGAUUUCCCUUCAUCUUCAGUUACUAGUGGACACGCCCAUCAAUUCAUCCUCCUCCAGGGUCUGAAUUGAAAAUAAUCCUCAAUGAUAGAAUCACUUUGCUUUAGCCACAGGUUUGACAUUAAUUAGAUGUUUCUGCCCCUGUGCUCUUUACCUUCCCAGAAGAAGAGUUCUUUUAAUGAACUGAUAAACAAUUAGAUCCAUAAGUGAGUUUUCAUUUUUAACUAUUUGCUUUGUGUCAAUUGGUUUCUGUACCACAAGGGCAUUCUCUUACAAAAUAACUCACAACAAAAAAAGUCAAGCCAGAAAAUAUAUAUAUAUAGUAUUGACAUGGAGAUUUCUUUCACUUUUUUAGUCUUAGUAUGAUCAUCUAUUUUUAUAUCUAUAUAUAUAUAAAUCACAGAUUUUAACUUCUUAAUUCCAAGCUCAGGGUUGACACACCUUUGUAACGAAAAUGUUUUGUCAACCAGCUCUUCUUGUUUUGUGCUGCUCAGAGAAGGGAUUCCUCAAUGAUCUGUGAGCACCAAGAAUCAAGAAAGAGAACUUUUUACGUAUCUAACUGUCCAUUUAUUAAAAGUUUCCAGGGCACACCCUUUUUGCAUGAGUGUGCUUUGUCCUGGGUGCUCCAGACUGUACCGAGCUCAUGCGGAGAGCCAUGGGUAUGCAGGACUUCACUGGUCGUGGAAACUGUAUGCGUAAAGAAUGUGUUUUCAUACAAAAACCAUUGCUUUCAUGUAUACCGCCUUCAGCCUAGGGUUCCUGCUUGGCACGUGGAUAAAUGUCCUAACUCAAGAGGCCAGUUUAGAGCCACAGCCUAACUGAUCUGCCAGGAGGGCCAGAGCCAGGCCUUAUGCUCCCCCUAAGAGAGAGAAGUAAAAUAAACCAAACUGGGGCUUUAUGAACAGAGUUGGCUACCCAUGUGUUUCUUGGUUUUUAUGAUGUAUCUGGGGUUGGGAAAAGUAAUGUUUCAGGACACCAUUGUAGGCCAGUCAUGUUUUAAUUAACCCAUUGACAGUAAUGGUAUUUUUCAAUCUCCACUCUCAUCAAAAUUAUAAUUAGUUAUUGAUUAGUCAUCACAUUUAAGUAGAACACAUGCGGCACACUAGUAUUAAGUAUAUUUGAGCACUUUUGCAAAACUGAAAGUAUUUAGAAGCAUCUACUGCUAUUUUAUGCCUAACGAAAUAUGAAAUGUAGGAUUCUGAGAGACUUUGUGGCAUCUUUUCAUUUAAAUCUUUAUGAAGUUAACACUUAAUCUAAUUCAGCAUUACAUACUUCUAGAAAACCAUCCAUUUCACUGCCAAACUUUGGCUUCCUACCACCAAUCACACAUAAAACAUCUCUGAGAAGACCAAUCAUUAUGUUGCUCAUUUCAUUGUGUGUUCAGAAAUCAGUAUUGUCUUUCUCCAGUAAUUAUGGUGCAAUACAAAUUAAAUCAACUUUGAUUUUCCAGAAUAUUUGAAUAAUAACUUGUUUUUAUGGCUUCAUACUCCAAAUCUUUCUUCUUUUUAGCUAUUUCUGCAUUGUCUUCUAUGAAAUAGAUCAGAAUGCCUUGUUUUCCCUGUGCUUUCACCCCCAAAAGGUUUUGUGCAUGUAUAUGAAUACACCUUAUACUAAUGAAUGUGAACCCACGUUCUGUACCCACUAAACACACAGAUAAUAUAUAAACGCCUGCUUCAUUUAUUUCAACACCUUAAUUUUCAAUAUUAUUCAUGUUGGUGAAAUAUAGUGAUCCAUAUGAGCCAGGCAGAGAGCUGAAAUGACUAUGUUAAUGAUGCCACAAUAUUAGUUACCUGCAUGGAUGUGGUCAGAAUAUUAUUCAAAUUGUACUUCCUGGUUUUUAUCAUCAUCCUACUAUGUUGUAUGAUUUUCAGGCUAAUUUAACAAGAGAAUUUUUUUCUGCUCUAAAGGAAUCAGGUUAGUCUAGUUACCCCAUUUCAGUAAGUAUUUUGGAAUCCCCUCCAUGCCAAAUUAAUUUCUCUUGUUUCAGCAUAUUGAUAGGGGAUUCAAUGAUGCUCCAUUAUUUUUCCUGACCUGACCUCAUUUGCUUUGAUGUCCCCUAAGUUCUGUAAUCACAUUGUAACCUCUGUUAUGAGUAGAGAGGAAUUGGGCUCACUGAAAUCAGACACUAGAAAUUGUUGGGUGAUGCUCAUAACUGCAAACACUUAGCUUAUUGAAGUGCCUCUAUUUACAUGUUCUUUAGUUAUAAUAUGUAUUUUUCUAACAGAAAUACACGUCUGUAAUUGGUGUAUAUUAUACUUUGUAUAUGUUAUAACAAAAGCUAAACAGAGGCUAAAGUCUUUAGCAGAGAAGAAUGACUUGCAAAUUUACAAAUUAGCCCUGCUUAUGGUUCUGUAUUGAAGGACCCCAUGACAUCCUUCGGUCAUUUUAGCGAAGGUCAAGUCAUGCACUUCAAUUAUAGCCAUUGUAGAACAACCUUAGUACUACAAUCUGACUCCCUUGCAGUGACUUACCCAGAUAAGGAACUUGUAUUACCUGCUUGAAAUGUAAGGGAUAGAAAAUACUCUUUGUCUACACUGAAAAACACUAUUAUUCAUUGACAAGCAGUAGUAAUUAUAAAAGUAACAUUCUAUAAAUCAAACAUAUUGAAAAUAUUAUUGGACUCAGAACGCUGAUAUUUAAUUUAUAUUCCCUGCUGCAGACAUUAGCCUGCUUUAAUUCUUUAGCCAUUACACGCAAGUUUUGGCUACACACUGAACACCAACUAAAGUCACCAAGGAGAAAUAAAAACUUUGUAAAUUCCUAAGUUGUGAUUCUUUUAUUACUUCUCUUUGCAAGGCUAAUUAUCACGUGGUUUGAUUAAAGGUGGAAGUGUUAGCAAAUGCAAGUUUUGACUUAUCCAAAACUUGCAGAAAUUCAAAUUCAUUUUCAUUCACUUACAGUCACUAACAGACUUGACUUUUAACUUAACGGAGAGAGGGGCAGUUUAGCUUUGCCAACAGAAGAGUAAAGAAAAUCAUAACUUAGAAAUUUGCAAUGUGUUCCUCCGUGGUGAAGACAUUAGCCAGUGUUUAGUUUUAGGCCAAGUUAUAGAAAUAGAGUAUUGAUUUGUAUGCAUUCUGGAGCCUUGCUAUAUCAUGGUUUGCUACAGCACAGGACUCAGCCUAGCAUGGGGCCAUUUGAACCUCAUUCGAAGUUGAAUAGUUACUGGAAUCUUUGACAUUGCCCUGUAAUGAGGUACUUCCAUGAAAAGACACCUAAAGAUGGCAUAAUAGUGAGGUUUCUGUGUGCAUAUGCAUAAUAUAUAUGCAGGACAAAUGUGUGCACCAUCAAUCCUAAAAUUUUAUGUGACUGUCAAAUAAAUAUUAUUGGGUUAAGAUUUUUCAUUUCUGAUUUGGAUAGAAAAUUGCUAUUAAUCUUGUAUUAAAAUAGUUUUAAAAAAAUCUA